GGAUAGUGGGAAGUGUCCCUACCCAAGGCAGGGGGUGGGACUGGAUGGGCCUUACGGUCCCUUCCCACCCAAACCAUCCUGGGAUUCUCUGUUAGAAGCUGACAGAAGAUCCAUGGGGACAGGAAAUACCAGGAAGUCUGUAGCACCUGUUGGCUCCAAAGUUAAUUGUCAAAGCCUUCAGGGUCACCUCUGCUGAAUAUUUGCCUUUUCCCUUCGUUUUUCCAUGAAAAACGUUCUUUUCCCGUUUCCCGGAGCAUCCCAAGCCUGCCGUGGCAGCACACGUAUGGAAUGUGAAUGCCAUCUACUGGCUGCUGUCCCGGGCCUUGGAGCAGGUGUUCCCUGUCCAGACUCCAUCCAUCUGAUCCCGCAGGAAUUUCAUUGAGCACACACAAAUCCAGCUGUUCCCGGCGGCGGAUCCAGCCGGGAGAGCGCUGGAUCCGGGCGAUGCGCGGCGCGGGCUCCAGAGGGCCCCGCGCACCAGGAGAUGGACGGAGGGAGAUUCCCUGCGGAUUUUUCUCCACUGGGAAACCAGAAAGGCUGUUUGUGCAGUCCAGGAAGGAAGGACUCGAGGAAUUCACCUCAAGGAAUCCCUGGAAGUGCCCAAGGCCAGGUUGGAGCAAUCUGGGAUGGUGGAAAGUGUCCUGCCCGUGGCACAGGGGGGACUGGCUGGGCUUUAAGGUCCCUUCCAACCCAACCCAUCCUGGGAUGUGGAGAUGCUUCAGCUCCUGGAUUAAGGCAGAGCCUGGGCAGAAGGAGAAAAUGAGGAGGAGAAACGCAGAACCCGGAGAUUCCAGAUCCAAAGCCCCCUUUUUUAUGGGAUACCCUGAGUGUGGCCCAGCCAUCCCAGAAAAUCUGUUUGAUUCUCAAGGACGACAGAAAAACCAGUGUCUGCCCAGGGAAAUCCAACCUUUCCAUGCCUCCUUCCUACCUGGAGACUCCAAGGAGGUCAGUGACCUGCUCUUCUUCAUGUUUUUGGCAUAA